AUGUGGCAGCCCUACAUUCCUCAUUGUGUCUCUGAGCUCUCCCAUUGGCUCCAAACUGUGAGAAACUCCAACAAGUCCAAGACCCACACAUUCAUAUGGAGAUUUGGGAGGAUAAAUACAGAAGACGCAGCCAGUACAAAUCACACUCACUCUACGCACAGAGAUCUGCAGCACAGAGAAACAGCCAUGGCACCAACCAUCACUUCAGCAGUGACCAUCUCAAACCAUCUCCUACCACAGAAUAACCAGCUGAGGAAACCAAUGGUGGAGAAGAUGCGCAGAGACCGUAUCAACAGCAGCAUCGAGCAGCUGAAGUCUCUCCUGGCUCCAGAGUUCCUCAACCAGCAGCCUGACUCCAAGCUGGAGAAAGCAGACAUCCUGGAGAUGACAGUCAGCUUCCUGAGACGACGCCAGCAGCAGCAGCCCGCAUCCUCCUCCAGCUCAGCAGCUGUCAAUCAAGGCUUCUCCAGAUGUGUCCAUGAGGUUUUUCACUUCCUGACCAAAGAAGUGAAGACACAGAGCCAGAGAAAACUGCUGAGCCACUUCCAGAAUCUGCAGCCAUCUUCAGAUGAGAACACGAGGGAAAGUGUUCUGCCUCAGCUGAGCUCGACAGAGCAGCAGAUCAUCAGCGAAGAGAAGAGUUCAGUUAAGAGCGCCCUCUGGAGGCCCUGGUGA